CGUGACACUCUGUAUUUCAACCCCCCACCAACACACGCACACAGAGACAGAGUUUGCACUCAAGCGCCUCACCACUCCAUCAUAGAUUAGUAAAACUGUAGUCUACUCAUAAACCGUGCAUAUUCCGGGCCACCAAAUCAGAUUCCGGUCAAAUCUUCCUACUCCGGCUACCCAUUGAAUUUCCCAGAUACGAUUGCAGGCUUGUUUAAUCCAAGAAAUUAAGUAAACCCAUGUCAUAAAAAUCGAAACUUUCUUCGUUUAUGUAAAAAAAUUAUGGAUUUUGAAAUGUGAAUCAAGUGAAUUUGAUAAAUUCAAGAAAAUGGGGUCUUGUUUCAGCGUUGAAGAAGAACCGCAACAGUCCAAGAACAAAUCUCUAAGUAAUAAGCCAGCUGGAUGUGGAACUGCUGAUUCUUCUGCCAAAGGGGACUCUGCGCUUGUUAAUAAACCAGAAUUACAAAAAAUUGAAAGGAGUAUUGUGGUAAUUCCCAAAAAUGUGAAGGAUCUACGUCAAAAUCCAGGAAAUAGUAACCUUGAUAUCUUCACAUAUGAAGAGAUGAAGUUGGCUACCAAACACUUCCGACCAAAUCAGGUUCUUGGCGAGGGUGGGUUUGGUAUAGUCUAUAAAGGAGUUAUAGAUGAGAAUGUGAGGCCUGGUUAUGAGACAACACAAGUUGCCAUCAAAGAGCUUGACCCUGAAGGUCUACAAGGGGACCGAGAAUGGCUGGCAGAAGUCAAUUACUUGGGGCAACUUCGCCAUCCUAACCUGGUGAAAUUGAUUGGGUAUUGCUGUGAGGGUGACCACAGACUGUUGGUCUAUGAAUAUAUGGCAUCUGGGAACUUGGAGAAACAUCUCUUUUUAAGAGUUCGUGCCACUUUAACAUGGCAUAUCAGAAUGAAGAUUGCUUUGGAUGCUGCAAAAGGGCUUGCUUUUCUUCAUGCUGUGGAAAAACCUAUUAUUUAUAGGGAUUUUAAGACUUCAAAUAUUUUACUAGACGAGGAUUUUAAUGCAAAACUUUCUGAUUUUGGACUGGCAAGGGUGGGGCCUACUGGAGAUCAAACGCAUGUGUCAACUCGGGUUAUGGGUACUUAUGGUUAUGCUGCUCCUGAGUAUGUCAUGACCGGACAUUUAACUGCUAGAAGUGAUGUUUAUGGUUUUGGAGUUGUUUUACUUGAGAUGCUGAUUGGAAGGCGAGCAAUGGAUAAGAGCAGGCCUAGUCGAGAGCAUAACCUUGUCGAGUGGGCUCGACCACUUCUAACCCAGAGUAAGAAGCUCUUGAGAAUACUGGAUCCAAGAAUUGAAGGGCAAUACACAACUAAAAUUCUUAUGAAAGUUGCCAAUCUUGCAUACCAAUGUCUCAGCCAAAAUCCGAAAGGAAGGCCUGUAAUGAGUCAAGUAGUUGAAAUACUCGAAACCCUUUUACCACAAAUAGGAAGCCGAGACGAGGCAAUUGUGCAGAGCAGUGGUGGAUGUGUAACCCUUUACGAAGUUCCAAAAAUCCUUCCCGACACUCCAGAGGAAAAGAAGAGGGGUUCCAUCAAAAGUGAUAAUGAUGCCCGGAAGCAUAAACUGGCCAACGGAAGGAGCAAAAGUGAGCCUUCAAUGGAGCACGAUCUAUACAGUCCUCCGCAUGAUCUUCUAGACGAGAUAUUGCCCUCUACUGCACAUUGAAGUCUGCGUCUAAGCAAGGAACACUACGAAUUGUACAACAUCUGCAAAACAAGCGAAUACAUGUUUUCUUGUCCAAUUGUUCCUUUUUCUUUGCAAUCCUAUUUCCAGAAGAACUUGAGAUUCUUGAAAGCUUCCGCCUGUAGUAAAUUUUUGGUGAGCGAAUCUACAGUACCAUGCUACAAUUGAUCCCUUUCGACACUUGGUAUCAACUCCUAUCUUUAUGCACAUUAUGUUGCUUAUGCUAUCAUUUCUCUCGUUUACUUGUAUUAUAGCAGGCAGAUAUUAGAAAAGAGAAACGUGUGAUGAAAUUUGCUAAAUUCAUGAAACGGUAUGUAUGAUCUUGAAUACUAAUGCUCAGUAUGUAGCGUCGAAUCCUAGUCAAAUCAUGUUUCUUUUUAUAUGGUCCCACAUGAACAAAUGGAGCCACAGUAACAUCA